CUUCCUGGUCACAUUUUCUCGUAGGUCCCAGUCCCCCCUUUAUUAAUGGCUAUGUUUGCUCCUGCACAGUCAACAGGGAGGAGGACGCGAUUUAAAAAGCGAAGAAACACAGACUCGGAAUGAGAAGAAAAAGCAAAUAAUCUGCCAGGAGAAAGAAAAAGAAAAGUCACACAGCUGAGCGUGGUCGGAGCCAGAUAAGAAGAGUCACUCCAAAUGGUAUUUACUCUGUGAUACGCCUAGCCCAAGGACGUACUGAGGAAGGCAAACACAGGCGAGACUGAGGGGACGAGUUGCGGGGAUUUUUAGAUGGCAUUUGCCAAGGCUAGGGAAGGGCUGCGGAACACCUAGGAGAGAUACGAGCUGGGAACACGUUUGGAUAUCAUGUCUUGACCAACAAAAGAGCAAUUAUCCGCGGAUAAACUGCAGCAGCACGUCAGAAAUAAAGGCCUCCUCUGAUGGAGCACUGGGCUCUUUAAUCCAGCCAGAAACCCUCCCUGACGGGCAGCGACGAGCUACGGCAAAGGGUGAGGUACUGAAGUAAUCGGGGGAGGAAUAAAGAAAACAACAAAAAAAGAAACAUUUAGAUAAAUGUUGCGAAAGUGAAUCAAAGGCUAAGCUAAUGUUGCGAAAUCGCCGAAUUUACCCUUGCUGCUGCGGAGAAUGGCUCAGUCAAAAUAUCAUCGCCGAGCAGCUGUGAUAACGCUUGUUCCAGCCCUUCAGUUUCUCUUCCUCUCUUUUUCUGUUCAACAGGACGCUUUAUUCGCAAUUGAAGGGAUUUAUGGGAUCACAAGUUUCUUCUGAUGAGAUGAGUGUGCGUGCUGGCCAGGGCAGUGAUGAGGUACUGGUUUCGCAGGCGGUGUGGGACUACCUGGCUGCAGCUGGGCGGCCCUGGCUCAUUGACUUCCAGCACAAGCAGGGGAUGAGCGCAGGUAUCAUUAGGCGAGGAGAAAGGGGGGGCUGCUGCGCUGUGAGGCUGCAGCCGGUGGAAGGCUCCAGGAGCUCUGGAGCUGGGGUGAUGGAUGGACCCAUCUCCAGCGAGACACGAAAAGCCUUCAUUGACUUAUGCCGCUGUGCCCGCAAAGAAAUGAGCAAACAGGAGGGGGGACCCAAGAGGAAGAGGGCUCUGCUGCCCUGUGUGGGAGUCCUGGAGCCAAACGGAGAGGGGAGCCUGCUUCAGCCUCCACCUCCCCAGCCUCGGCGCUCCCAGAGACAGCAGCAGAGAUUCAGGAAGCCUGCUGAUGAGGAGGCCUGUGCCAUGCUCCAUGAGGUAGCCCUGAGGAAGGACAUGGACUCCAGCUUGGCUUCCCAUAGUGAGGCAGAGGACAACAAAACUUGCUCAAUCUGCAUGGGGGACAUAGUGGAGAAGACGACCCUGGAGAGGUGUGGCCAUUCAUUUUGUCACUCUUGCCUGGAUCAAGCCUUUAAGGUGAAGAAAGCGUGUCCUGUGUGUCGGCUCGUGUACGGCCAGUUGAUAGGGAACCAGCCUGCCAAUGGUACAAUGAUUGUAGAGCGAGAUCCUGAUCUGGAGCUUCCUGGCCAUGAAGGCUAUGGGUGUGUCUGCAUCAUCUACAGCUUCCCUCCUGGCCUACAGGCGCCAGAACACCCCAACCCAGGUGUUCGGUACCCAGGAACAGACCGUGUGGCCUACCUCCCUGAUAGCCCUGAGGGGAACCGCGUGCUGGGUCUGCUGCGCCGGGCCUUCGAACAGCGCCUUAUCUUCACCAUCGGUACCUCCAUGACUACGGGCAUGCAAAACGUCAUCACCUGGAAUGACAUUCACCACAAGACCUCAAUAUGGGGCGGGCCCCGCUGUUUUGGCUACCCAGACCCCACUUACCUGGUGCGAGUGACAGAGGAGCUCAGAGAGAAAGGCAUCACGGCGGACUGACAGCAUGAAAAUGACAGACUCUUCCAAGACUUUGUAGGACUUUCCGAGUGUCCUUGCGGUGGACGUGACUCGGCUCCAGGUUGUGCUCUGAGACUGCCCGUCCCUUAAAAGAUGGCUGAAGACAAGGCCCUCAGCAGACAGGCGUCUAAUGCUGCAGCAGAGCCCACAUCACUCCACUAAUUGUUCCUCCGUUUCUUCAUUUUUCCUCCAGAGUUCAGCUUAACCCAGUGCUACAUGCGGAAGAAAAUACUUUGAGUGCAGUGCAUUCUUGUAUUACACAGUCCUCUACCUGUCACUGUUGGCAAUAGGACUGAUAUCUGAUGCACUUAUUUAAGAGCGUUGUGUUGGUGUGUUGGAAUUCAUGGUACUUAUAUAUUAUUUAGGAAAUCUAAGUUUAAUGUUAUAAAGACAGUUUAUGUUAUAUUAAUGUUUAUUUCUACUCUGGGGAUUAUUUUAUUCCUUACAAGCACAUGUUCUUGGUUUUAUCCCCCCAGAAAUGUUUGUUGAGUAAGUCUCUAAUUUGAUUGUUACUAAUUACCUGUUGUAAGGAUAGUACUUGGGUUAUAUGGCAGAAUAGCACUGCUUCAAUAGAAAGAAUUCAUUUUCUGAAGUUAUUGCAAUCUAAAGCACUCACAGGCACUUUGGUAUGGGAGUUUGUUUUUCAGUGAAGUCGUCGUCGUCAUUAUUGCUUCCUCUGUGGAAGAGAGCUCGGGGCAAACAGGUUCGCGCAGCCGUCAGCUAUUAGCUUGAUGGCUACAAGUUGAUGUCAAUUGCUUGGAACUCUUCAUUUGUGUGUGAUCUUCAUUUUCCCCCCAUUUGUACUGAAAUAGGAAGAAUGUUAAACUGUCUUGUUGCAGCACCUUUUAUUACACACAUUAGGACUUUCCCCUGGGGUUUUUUGCCAUCGGUCACUCCUGUUAUUUUAAGAUGUCUCCCAGGUGUUGAGCCCAUUACCUCAGUUGUUAGUAAUGUGCUCAUCUAAUUACCAGAUUUAUGACGAUGUCAAAUAAAAAGGGCAUAUAGACCACUUAAACCAAAUGAAAGGCACAAAAGCUCUUUAAAUAUCUAUGCCUCUGUCCCUGUCAAACUGGGAGAUUUGCCUGAUUUGCUUGCCUGUUCUCAUUUAAAAUGAGGUAACUGUUGUGAAUUUUGUUUAUCUAAAUAGAUAAUCAAUAAUGCACAGUGAAAAAAUAUAAGACAAUGUUGCGGGAACAAUUGAUUCGAUUUAGGGUGGGGUAUUGAUCUCAUUUUGUUGUGCCUUUCUUAUAUUCACUUUUGAUAAAACUCGAGCAUGAUGUUACUAAUGAACAAUAAGCAGUUUGGGCGUAUUUCGGUGUUAUUUGAUAGAUAAACAGCAUUAUGUUUGUAGCUAAACUAUCUGGCUUUAAAUAAAAAAUACUACACAGUUCAUGAAAAUAUGUAUAAUGUACAUUAAAUUAGCUUCUCCUUCAUAAACAUUCUUGUAGUCCAAAUGCUGAAAACCCCCCUCAGAAUUGAUAAAGCUGUAUGUGUGAAAGUGCUUUGCUGAGUGCAGUAACCUGCUUGGCUAGUGGUACAUUUGUCAUUAAUUUGACUGGUCAGAUCUAUACAUCAAAUACCCUUUUUAUUAUGUUUUCAUCUACUUUGUAUUUUAGUUAAGGGACCAACUGAAAUCAUUUUGGGACACAGGAUUGUAGUUUACUAAAGCUACUGUGCAAACAUUUCUAUGCAUUACAUAAGUGAGGAGGAGCCAGGAGAAAGGAUAGUUUGAGCGAUUACACAUAUUACAAACUGAUUGUUAAGGAAAAGUUGGAGUUUUGCUUUUCUAAUUGUGUUGAUUCGUACUUUGUUGAUAUUCAGAAUAAUGUGCUUUACAUUUUAAUACUUGAAUAAAAAGUUAUGUUUG